AUGGAUCCGCCCCAAAAGCGUCAAAAGUCCUGGCUCAGCAGCCUCCUCGGCGGCCGUUCCACGACCGAGUCUCCAUCAUCGACAAACCCGACCGAGAAAGACCACUCUCGAUCGGCAAACUCGACUGGCACGACAACGCCCUCCAAAGCGCGCGUGGGUUUCGCAGUGCCGAGCGUCGCGUCCCCCGAGAGUCCCGUUAAGCGCGCCUCUCCCUCGCUCUUGGCCCAGAGGAAGAUCUUUGAGCGCCCUUCCGGCCCAUCUAACAAACUGGCGUCGAGCACGCCCAAGGUGACCAACUUCAACUCGGUGUCGACUCCGCGCACCAUGUUUCGGGCCUCGACGAGAGACGGCCCCAGCUUCACCUUCACCCCUCGAGUGCCCCCCAAUACCAUGAAAGAAUCGUUCCCUCCGGCCACACCCGGCCGGUCCUUCCGAGCCUCGACCGCCGAGCUCACCGGCAGGGGCAUGUCCAAGAUAACAUCGAGCCAUGAUCUCUUCCAGAUGAAGAUCCCCGAGCCCGACCCCAAGCUCACCGGCGAGGCCAUCUCCAAACAGGUGCCCAAGGAUGCGAACCGCACCGGCUCCAUCUAUGCGAAUGAGUAUCUGGCUCACCUGUGCCCUCCCGAAUUCACCGAUGACCAGAGGAAUCAGUUCUUCUGCAUCCUUGACCUGCGUCGGCUGAAAUACGCUGCGGACGAGAUCUUCGUCAAGAAGGAUUGGAAACUGAACAUCUUGAACUUUGCAAAGGAGUAUGAGAAGAGCAGGAGCCUCAUCAUGCUGCGAUACGGCCUCUACGAGUUCAAGUCGGUCAAGGUGUCCAAGGAAGUCUUCGAUAAAUGGAAGACUGAUAACAAUGUGCCCAAUGGCGAAGAUGAGGCGCAAGAGGAGGAGGUUGCACCUCCUCGUUCGACUGCCAAGGUAAACGGUACAGCUGGAAUCCUCCGCGCCGGAAAGAGAAAGGCACAGGACGAGUUGCAACCCAAGUCAUCGCUGCUCGACUCCUCGGCAACAACGCAGAGCAAGCGACCGCGGGCUGCGGAGAGGGAGCCGCUCGCCGAGACGACUACUCCGGCUCUUAACAAGAGCUCGAACAAGCGUAAGGCGGACAAGUUUGACGAUGAACCCGGACCCGCUCCCCGAGCUGCGCCGGCGCCCCCAAAGUCGGCCUCGAGAACUUUCCUCGAGAGGGUUGCCAAUACCCCGCGCAAAGAACCCGAACCCGCCAAGUCAAACGAUACCCCCUCCGCGCUGAAGCCCAAGGCAACCCCUUUUGCUCAAGCGGCAAAGCCUGCCGCUAGUAGCCUCGCACGUUCGGUAUUUGACAGCGGACUCAAGCCGCCGACCGGACAGGCUGGCGCCUCUAGCAACAUCUUUAGCUACCUUUCUGAUGCUAGCUCUGCCAAGGGUAGCGGUGUUGGCGGUGAUGCCGAUGGAGAAGACACCGACGAGUCUGACGAAGACGAGUCGGAAGCCCAGGAGGCCAGCCAGAGCGACGAGCCCAGCGUCGCCGCUAGCGGAAGCGCUGCUACACCCCAGCCAUCUUCGCAGGCCGGCGCUGGCUCGAUUUUCGCGCCCAAACAGCCCGCAUCUACGAAUGGAGAGUCAAGUGUCUCUUCGGAGGCUAGUGAGGCACAGACCGGCCGUAGCCUGUUUGACCGAGUCAACAAGGAUAGCGAUGGCCAACCUAUCCGCGUGUUCCCUGCCGGCUCCGAGACUCCCCGCUUCGGUAGUGCCGCGCCGUCCGAGUCUGGGGCCGUUGCGCCUCCCGAGAAGGAUGCCGAGCCCGCCGCCACAAACAAGACUUGGAACCCCGACACCCCGCUCAAGUUCGCUGCUCCUUCAUCUCAGCCCCAGAGCUUGUUCGGUGGUGCCUCGGUCUCCAAGCCCAAGGAGUCGACCACUCCGGCGACUGGCUUCAUCUUUGGUGCUACACCCGCCGUGACCAAAUCGUCAGAGCCCCAGGCCGAGGAAGCACCCAAGCCUGCUGCCCCCAAGUCCAUAUUCGGCACCAACACCAGCACCAGUGCAUUCCCCGCAAACACGAGUUCAAGCACCACCUCUUUGUUUGGCAACUCCGUUAGCAAGCCCCCCGCUGUGCUAUUCGGCCAACCUAAGAGCACGGAGCCCAAGCCUGCCGAGGAAGCGCCCAAGGAGUCUGCCGUACCUGAGCCAACCACGCAACAGAAGUCUCUCUUUGGGAACGUGAACAGCACGGCCGCUGCCAAACCUGCCACUCCUCAACCGCCGUCAACCAACAUGUUCGGCAAGCUUGCCACGGAGGCUAGUACAACACCCGCGGCACCCCAGGCUAACAACCUGUUUGGAAGCACUCCCAAGCCUAACGGUAGCGUCUUUGGCUCUACCACCCCCGCUCCGGCCACCAGCGAGCCUGCUAAGAUGCCGGCUUUCGGCGCGACUACGAGCCAACCCGCCUCCGCCCCCGCCUUCGGUUUCCCGUCCGCAACCCCCUCUGCCGCCCCUUCAGAGGGCCAGAAGACUCCUGCUGCCGAACAAACUUCCAUUUUUGGCGCCUCGACGACUCCUGCCCCACCCGCAUCGCAGGAGCCUAAGUCGGCGGCACCAGAACCGGCAGCGCAGACUGAGCCUGCCAAGAGCCAGCCCAGCUUGUUUGGCAGCACGCCCGCGCCCUCUGGCGGCAUCUUCAACUUUGGUGCCACCUCUCAGAACGCGGCGGCGCCUUCGCCAGCCCCAGCGGCUUCCUUCACCUUUGGACAGGAGGCUUCCAAGCCGGCGACCACGCCCCAAUUUGGUGCAGCUGCUAAUGGCGGUGGCAGCGCGGGAUCCUCGUUCACUUUCACUGCUGGAGGUGCAGGAAGCGCCGGCCAGUCGUUCAACAACCCCUUCGCGACUGGUGGCUCGAAUGAAGGCCAGUCAUCAUCGUUUACCUUUGGCUCGACGCAACCUGCUGGUGAGACCAGCGGUACGACCCCCUUCAUGUUUGGUGCUAGUGGCGCUGGUGCAGGAACGUCGACCCCGGCGGCCACCUUCACAUUUGGGGGCUCUCAGCAGGCCUCUGGCACGUCGACCCCGACGAGCAACGUAUUCGGUGGCGCAUCGACCAGCGCGGCACCGGCGCCCAUCUUCAACUUUGGUGGCGGUGGUGGUAGUGCCAACGCACAGCCUGGAGGACUGUUUGGCCAGCAACAGCAACCCGCGAGCUCUGGUCUCGGCUUCAACUUUGGACCCCCCAUGGGAGGGACGUCGACAGGUACUAACACCCCUUUUACUCUUGGUGGGGCUUCCAGCCUGGCCACAACGCCAGCGACGGGGACACCCGAGCCGGGAGCCACGCAGGAGCAAGCUGCUGCACAACGAGAGGGACAGACCGCUGACGGAGAUGAGGAGAGACAGGCUCAAAUCAGUUUAACCGAAGGCGGGCCGGGCGAGGAGGACGAGGCCGUCGUCCAUGAGGUGCGGGCCAAGGCCCUGAGGCUCAAGACGUCCAAGGACGAUGACGAGGAGGGCGACUCGGGCAAGGACGGCAAGAAGAGUCCUUGGAACGUGAUGGGCGUCGGCCCCCUCCGGCUGCUCAAGCACAAGACGACGGGUGCGGUGCGACUUUUGCUGCGGGCGGAACCCAGAGGACAUGUGGCUCUCAACAAGGCGGUGCUGCCCAACUUUACGUACAAGCCGGAGACGGGCGGCAAGUAUGUCAAGCUGACGACUUCGAACGACAAGGGCGACGGCUUGGAGACGUGGAUGCUGCAGGUCAAGACGAUGGAGUCGGCUCAGGCCCUAGCGAAUGCUCUGGAGGCCAACAAGUCGGCCAACAAGAAGUGA